CAGUCGUUCGCUAGACAACGAUUAGAACCAUAAAAAAUCAAAAUGUCACCAUACUUAAAAUUAUUAUUUUAUUUGUCGGGUAUAAGUUUUGCUGUCAGUUUUGAAAUUGAUCACAGCAAUCCUGAUGUCGUCGAACAUUAUAGUAACUCUCAGAUAGUAAAAACUGAAAAAGUUGAUCUGAGAGUGUAUUACGAUUGUUGGUGCGGUGGCUGCGUCUACUUUCAUAUAAAACAGCUUGACCCAACUUAUAAGAAAAUGGAAUCUUACAUAGAUCUCAAAACUUAUCCUUAUGGAUUAACUUCGAGGUACAAAAAUCAUGGGAAGGUUUCUUUUGCCUGCCCGCAUGGCCCAAAUGAGUGUUACGGGAACAAGCUGCACGCAUGCGCUAUCGACAUACUGAAGAACGUCUCCCAGUCAGAAUUCUACAACUCCUGCAUGAUGAAUGCUACUUGGGGAGGCAAAGGCUCAACUGAUAAAGACGCUAUCAAUUGCGGAAAAUUAAUGAAAAUAGACUCGAAGCCUAUCAUUGAGUGUGCUAAUAGUGAAAGAGGCGAUGCUCUACUGGAAUAUUACGGUAUAGAAACUGACAAGGUGACAAACCCAAGGAAUAAGUACAUGCCUUUUAUAUUGAUGAACGGAAAGGAGUACAGUACAGACAAGGAUCUAAUGAAGACAAUCUGCCAAACAUUGGCUAACCCGCCACCACAGUGCAAAUAAUAUUUUUAAGUUACUGAAAAUUGUUUAUAUUAUGUGUCCAUUUCAAAUAAAAACCUUAUCGUGUUGAACAAUA